GGAGAAGGCGCGGCCGCUCCCACACACACCGCCAGACUGCGGGGAUCAUCAGGGGACCCGACACACCGAGAGCCACUCAGGGUGAAGCCAGCCUGCAGUAUUAAACCAUCACCUUAACCAUAAGCCUCACGACAGAUACCUGAACAUAACGGAGGAACCAUGUCCAAGGGACCAGCAGUCGGCAUUGACCUGGGCACUACCUACUCCUGUGUAGGAGUGUUCCAGCAUGGCAAAGUGGAGAUCAUUGCCAAUGACCAGGGAAACAGGACCACACCCAGUUAUGUUGCUUUCACUGACACCGAGAGGCUGAUUGGAGAUGCAGCCAAGAAUCAGGUGGCCCUGAACCCCAACAACACAGUAUUCGACGCCAAACGUCUCAUUGGACGUCGGUUUGAUGACGCCGUUGUCCAGUCAGACAUGAAACACUGGCCAUUUACAGUCAUCAAUGAUUCCUCACGCCCAAAAGUAAAAGUGGAGUACAAGGGGGAGACCAAGACCUUUUACCCAGAGGAGAUCUCUUCCAUGGUGCUGAUUAAAAUGAAGGAGAUCGCAGAGGCAUACCUCGGAAAGACUGUUACAAAUGCAGUGGUGACUGUGCCUGCCUACUUCAAUGACUCUCAGCGCCAGGCCACCAAAGAUGCAGGGACCAUUUCUGGACUUAAUGUCCUUCGUAUCAUCAACGAGCCUACUGCUGCUGCUAUUGCUUAUGGCCUGGACAAAAAGGUUGGAGCCGAGAGAAACGUCCUCAUCUUUGACCUGGGCGGUGGCACAUUUGACGUCUCCAUCCUGACUAUUGAAGACGGCAUCUUUGAGGUCAAGUCCACAGCAGGCGACACACACUUGGGCGGAGAAGACUUUGAUAACCGCAUGGUCAACCACUUCAUCUCCGAGUUCAAGCGCAAGCACAAGAAAGACAUCAGCGACAACAAGAGGGCGGUGCGUCGUCUGCGCACAGCGUGCGAGAGGGCCAAGCGCACACUGUCAUCCAGCACUCAGGCCAGCAUCGAAAUCGAUUCUCUGUACGAGGGAAUCGACUUCUACACCUCCAUCACCAGAGCCCGGUUUGAGGAGCUGAACGCAGACCUGUUCCGAGGAACCCUGGAGCCCGUGGAGAAGUCUCUCCGUGACGCUAAGAUGGACAAGGCUCAGAUCCACGACAUUGUCUUGGUGGGAGGUUCCACUCGCAUUCCCAAGAUCCAGAAGCUGCUGCAGGACUUCUUCAACGGGAAGGACCUCAACAAGAGCAUUAACCCAGAUGAAGCAGUGGCCUAUGGUGCAGCCGUGCAGGCAGCCAUCCUGUCAGGCGACAAAUCAGAGAACGUGCAGGACCUGCUGCUGCUGGAUGUGACCCCCUUGUCUCUGGGCAUCGAGACUGCUGGAGGAGUCAUGACUGUUCUCAUCAAGAGGAACACAACUAUCCCCACGAAGCAGACCCAGACAUUCACCACCUACUCAGACAACCAGCCUGGUGUGCUCAUUCAGGUGUUUGAGGGUGAAAGGGCCAUGACCAAAGACAACAACCUUCUGGGGAAAUUUGAGCUGACAGGAAUCCCCCCUGCGCCCAGAGGAGUUCCUCAGAUUGAGGUGACCUUUGACAUCGACGCCAACGGCAUCAUGAAUGUGUCUGCUGUCGACAAGAGCACCGGGAAGGAGAACAAGAUCACAAUCACCAAUGACAAAGGUCGCUUGAGUAAGGAGGACAUCGAGCGUAUGGUCCAGGAAGCAGAGAAAUACAAGGCUGAGGAUGAUGUGCAGAGAGAGAAGGUGACUGCCAAGAACGGCCUGGAGUCUUACGCCUUCAAUAUGAAGUCCACUGUGGAGGAUGAGAAGCUGAAGGACAAGAUCAGCGAGGAGGACAAGAAGAAGAUUGUGGACAAGUGCAAUGAGGUCAUCAGCUGGCUGGACAGAAACCAGUCUGCAGAGAAAGAUGAGUUUGAGCAUCAGCAGAAGGAGCUGGAGAAGCUGUGUAACCCCAUCAUGACCAAGCUGUACCAGAGUGCAGGGGGGAUGCCGGGGGGAAUGCCAGGCGGCUUCACCGGAGGUGCCGAUCCAUCAGGUGGAGGAGCAUCCUCCGGCCCCACCAUCGAGGAAGUCGACUAAAGGAGUUGUUUACCAAACUUGCAUGAGCUUGUUCUCUUUCCUGCUUUGAGGUUGGUGUGAAGGGUGAUCACAUUAUAUUGCAGAGUUAUCUACACUGUUAAGAACCAUUAACCACGCCUCUUUUGGGAUUGUUUUGAUAAUUUUUGUACGCCAACCUUCAGCAACACUUCCUCUGUGGCUUUUCUGGUAGGCGGUCUUUUCAAGUGGCUGUGUUGCGUCCAGUUAAAACAGUUAAUGUGGGUAUUAUCACAUUUCUAUUUCUUUCUCACUUGGUUAUGUAUACUUUGCAAAAUGAGACUAAAUAAAAAACUUUUUUGAACUUUGA